AUGGUUUCUGGAAGACUAAUUAAGUUGGUGGUGUUUGAGCUGCUGGAGUUUGCUGCGUUCUCCGUUCCCACACUUGUGAUUAUGGAGCAGUUUGCCACUGCCUAUCAUAGUAAAAGGAAUGCAUCUGAGAAAACACAUUAUUGGCUUAUUGUUUCCUGCUCAAUUGCCUACGUAGCCUCCGUAACUCUACUGAUUUGGGUUCCUGUAAAAGUUCUCUUACACAAGAAACAUCAUCUUCACAAAAAAAUAAAAGGAUGGAGACCUGUUAUGAUGAUGUGUGUAGUACUCACCACACUUCCCAGCUUCAGCUUUUCUAUAGCAGUGGCUGAGGUCCAAAAGAAUAUUAAUGGCACUGACGAUAAUUCACCUGAUCCCUUACCAGACCUCUCAGUAUCUCUGGUUCUGACUUGCCUAAUUGUGGUUGAUAUUAUUGAGAAAAUCAGGGUAUAUCCUCUCAGAGGGAGUCAAAAAAGUAGUGAAGAUAGUCGUAUUCAUGAGACUACUUUGCGACAAAUAACAACUGUGACUGAGCAAGUGAGACGGAGUGAAGAAAACCCUUCUGCAUCGCAGGCGGCCAGGAGGCCCGAGCUGUCGAGAAGUGGAGAAGCCACCACCCAGAUCCAGGCCCUGGCGCCAGGGACACCUGAAGAGCCAUCCUUCCACUCGGGGGUUCUGAAGGCCAUGUCCCGGCGAGAUGUCAGGGCUGAGAUAUUCCUCUGGAGUUUUCUCCUGUGGUCUGACACGAUUGAAAUGGUGCGAGUGGCUGGUCACCCCUCCGUGUACAACUCUGGCUGGGUCUAUCCAGUCUACAUAUUUAGUUUCAUUUCUCUACUUCGAUUGAUACUCACACCCAGAAACCCUCUUCUGAAUUCCCUGGGCAUGCUGCUUCAGGACUUGCCCUUUAUUUUUGUCCGACUUAGUUUAAUCAUUGUCUUGGGGACCAUCACACCUGUCCUGGGUCUUUGUAAAAAUAUACUUGUGAUGCUUUCUUAUGUUUACUUUAAUUAUUUAAUCAAACUCAGAGUUUUCUCUACCUUUGAAAUAUCUUGA